GCCCUACAAAAUGACAAACAUUCCUUUCACUGUUUGCCUCGUGAUGGACGAACGGCGGGGUGAUCCCUCGAUCUCAUACGUGGUUCACCAUGCCUGAGAUACUGGACCAAUGUUUGCAAAGUAAAGUGACAUGACCGGUCACCUUCUCUCAAAGACAUGAACUUCAACAGGAUGACCACCAUCAUUGAGGAUGACGACGAUGAUGUCCAAGUCCUCCACUCCAACCGGUCUCCUUUCUCCAAGCCUUCUUCUCCUCCUUACUUCCCUGAAAUGGAUGGGGCCACAAGUGCCCGGUGUAGCCCUAUCCAUGAACAGAGCCAAAAACCGAACUCUCCUCCAGCCACCCAUCUCUUUGAAAGUGACCGGGUUCCUCAUCCCAAGAAGGAUGUCAAGGCCAAAGGGAAGGGGACCGGUCAUUCUUCUUCUCAGAAAAGGAAGAGUUCCCACAAGACUUCCAGGGGGAAAGGAGGAAGAAGGUCAAGCUAUCAGAUCUAGAAGGGGAAUCCAUCGAAGUGACCUUUUUAUCCCUGGCCCAGAAACUCAGCAAGGUAUCAACUCUGAUUUUCCUCCCGGUUUAAUUAUUUCCUUCGCUUUUACUGACAAGCUUGUUUUCCAGGUCGGAGUUCUAUCCGAAGAAGUUGGCCGGUCACUCCUGGAGUCCAAGGACCAGGUCUCCGAACUUACCUUCCUUCUUGAUUCUGCAAAGUUGGAGAUCAAUGACCAGGCCGAGAGGGAGAAGAGACUUGAAGAGGAGCUGAACGAAGAGAGGGCCAGGCUAGACGAGGAAAGAGCCAAGCUGGCGGAGGAGAAGAGAAAGGUGGCUGAGCUAGAGGAAGCUUUGGGACAGGCUGAAGAAUCCGUCCGGGCAAAGGAGCAGUCUUUUCUUGAUGAUGCUGCAACUUGGGCCGCUUGCCAUCACACUGAAGUUGCCCGGUCCGUUCUCACCAAGCCGGAGGAUACCAUGGAUUUUUUCAAGACCAUGUACAAAGAACCAGAGGGCAUGAGGAUGAUAACUGAGAUCGGGUCAUACGGCUUCCAGUGUGGCCAGAAGGAUGAGAGGUCCCUUCUCUAUGCCAGGCUCCAGAAGAGGGACCCUUCGUUUGACCCGGUCAAGAUGAAGCUUCCUCCUUUGUACAAGGAAGAGCCAGCUCCCCCUUUCCCUUUGCAGUAGGUUAGGGUAUUCUCCAUGAAAAAACUCUGAAUUUUCUUAAGGCCUGGGGGAUGUCCGGCCUACUUAUGAUUUUUAUGAGAUUUAAAUCUUCUUGGCAUGCUCUUGAAUUUUACCGGUCGAUCUGCUUCAAUUUGCAUGGUUGAACUUCUUUUCUAUGCAUGGUUAUUGUCUCUUGCAUGAUAGUUUUUCUUUUCUUUUUCUUGAUCGCCUUUGAAUGAACUUCCAAGUCAAUA